CGGGGCGUGGCCGCGGGGGCGGGCGCUGGGCGCCGGCUGCGCGCGCGUCUUGCUGUCGCCCGCCGUGAGAGGAGCGGACACGAUGGCCGGCUCCGCGUGGGUCUCCAAGGUCUCUCGGCUUCUGGGAGCAUUCCACAGCCCAAAACAGGUGACCAGAGGUUUUGCUGGUGGUGUUCAGACAGUAACUUUAAUUCCAGGAGAUGGAAUUGGCCCAGAGAUUUCUACUGCCGUUAUGAAAAUCUUUGAUGCUGCCAAAGCUCCCAUCCAGUGGGAAGAGCGGAACGUCACCGCCAUCCAGGGCCCGGGAGGCAAGUGGAUGAUCCCUCCGGAGGCCAAGGAGUCCAUGGACAAGAACAAGAUGGGCCUGAAAGGCCCUCUGAAGACCCCGAUAGCGGCGGGUCACCCGUCUAUGAAUCUACUGCUGCGGAAGACCUUUGACCUCUACGCCAACGUCCGGCCGUGCGUGUCCAUCGAAGGCUACAGAACGCCCUACACGGACGUCAACAUUGUCACCAUCCGGGAGAACACGGAAGGAGAGUACAGCGGCAUCGAGCACGUGAUCGUGGAUGGAGUUGUGCAGAGCAUCAAGCUCAUCACCGAGGGUGCGAGCAAGCGCAUUGCUGAGUUCGCCUUUGAGUACGCGCGCAACAACCGCCGGAGCAACGUCACGGCCGUGCACACGGGCCAACCAUCAUGUGAGAGGAUGUCAGAUGGACUUUUUCUGCAGAAAUGCAGGGAAGUUGCAGAAAACUGUAAAGAUAUUAAAUUUAACGAGAUGUAUCUUGAUACGGUGUGUUUGAAUAUGGUACAGGAUCCGUCCCAAUUUGACGUUCUUGUCAUGCCGAAUCUGUAUGGAGACAUCCUUAGCGACCUGUGCGCGGGGCUGAUCGGAGGUCUGGGCGUGACCCCCAGCGGCAACAUCGGGGCCAACGGAGUGGCCAUCUUCGAGUCGGUGCACGGGAGCCCGGACAUCGCCGGCAAGGACAUGGCCAACCCCACCGCCCUCCUGCUGAGCGCGGUGAUGAUGCUGCGCCACAUGAAGCUCUACGACCAGGCCGAGCGCAUCGAGGCCGCGUUCGCCACCAUCAAGGACGGAAAGACCCUAACGAAAGACUUGGGAGGCAAAGCCAAGUGCUCAGAGUUCACCGACGAGAUCUGUCGCCGAGUGAGGGACUCGGGGUAACGCGCCCGGCCGGGGCGCCCCCGGGCCCGGGCGCCUCCCCACCGCCCGCCCCGCGCCCCGCGCCCGGCUCGCUGCUUUCCUGACCACCGUGCGUCUUCUGAUCCGGCCUUCUCUUAGCAAAGUCCGCCCGGAGGCCGCAGGCCCUGGCCGGCGCCUGCGUGCAGAGGACUCCGCCCAUGCCUGUCCUAUUUAUUUCCUGUCAUUUGGGAAGCAUUUCUUAGUAAACGGACGCGGACCGCGUCCCUGGCCGUUGUGACCCAUCUUACACUUCAGAUUUCCUCAGCUGUAAAUACGAUGCAGAAGUACUAAAAGAAAAAUGUAUCUUUUAAGAAACAAAAGAACUUUCCGUUUCCCUUGGCUGAUGAAAAUCAUAACAGAACUAAAACACCGCAUUAAGUACAAAAUAUAACAAUCUUAGAAAACUCAGAUGGGCACCAGCAAGAUUUCUAGGGAAAGUUCACAUGAAAACUGCAAACCUGAACGUUUCUCAGCGGUGCGGUAAGAGAAGCGAGAUUUACAUGAAUUACUACGA